AUGGCCUUGGUCGUGAACCCACCCCGGGCCCCCAAGCCCAAAGGCACCCUGCCUUCCCACUACCAUGAGAGCUUUCUGGAGAAGAAGGGACCCAGAGACCAGGAUUACAAGAAGUUUUGGGCAGGCCUCCAGGGUCUCACCCUUUAUUUCUACAAUAGCAACCGGGACUUUCAGCACGUGGAGAAAGUUGACCUGGGAGGAUUUAUGAAACUCACAGAUGAGGUUCCUUGGGGGAGCUCACGUGACUUUGGAAUCUACUUCAGCCUAUUCCUUCGGAACCAGGAGAUCAAGUUUAGGGUGGACAGCUUGGAAUCUAGGGAGGUGUGGAAAGGUUUCAUUUUGACUGUGGUGGAGCUCCGAGUCCCAUCCAACCUGACCUUACUGCCUGGACAUCUGUAUAUGAUGUCCGAAGCGAGGGACAAAGAGGAGGCGCGCCGAGCGAUCGAAAUGCCCUCGUGCUUUCUAAAGGUGAGCCGGUUGGAGGCGCAACUGCUCCUGGAGCGCUACCCGGAGUGCGGGAACCUGCUGCUGAGGCCGAGCGGGGGCAGUGCGGGCGAUGUGUCGGUUACCACUCGCCAGACACUCAAUGGCUCACCCGUGGUCCGACACUACAAGGUGAAGCAUGAGGGGCCCAAGUACGUGAUCGAUGUGGAAGUUCCGUUCUCCUGCGCCUCACUGGACGCCGUGGUCAACUAUUUCGUGUCACACACCAACAAGGCACUGGUGCCCUUCCUGCUGGACGACGACUACGAGAAGGUGCUAGGCUACGAGGAGGCGGACAAUGAGAACGGCGAAAGAGUGUGGGUGGCUCCCUCGGCCCCCCGUCCAGGUCAUGCGCCCCCUGCAGGUGGCUCUAAGCAGCCACUUUCAGACCAGCCACCUCCUCUACCCCUGCUGCCCCCACCACAGGAUGAGAAUUACGUGAUCCCCAUUGGAGAUGCCCCGGCUGCGGCUGCCAGCUAUGUGAAUGAUGAAGUGCCGUCCCCUAGUUGGCAGGUGACUCCAAAGCCCAUGAAGCUGGUAAAGGGGCAAGCAAAGGCCCCAAAGCCCCCCAUGAUGCCCAAGCCAGAGCACAGGGUUCUCAACGGUGGCCUGUUGGCCAAAAAACUGACAAGCAACAUGGCCCAACCCUUCUUCCCUGCAACAGGACUGGCCGAUGUAACUGCAGAGCUGGAAGAAAAACUACAGAGGAGGCGGGCGCUGGAACACUGA